AUGGAUCGGUUCAUAGAAAACUUGCCGCCAAUGGAUCUGAUGCGCUCCGAGAAGAUGACCUUCGUGCAGCUCAUCAUUCCCGCUGAGUCCUCGCACCGCGCCAUCACCUAUUUGGGCGAACUCGGCCUCCUUCAAUUCCGAGACGUAACUCUCUCUCAGAUCUAUUAUCCUUUCAUUCAAUUCCGUUUGUCAUGGCUUCCGUUAUUUUUUUUCUAUGGAAACGUGUUUAUAUGCGUUAGCUUUGGUGUUUGUUGCGUUGCUCCAAUCGAGUGCGUGAAGGUUUGGCGUUUCCGUCGACAAACGGUUAACGCGCGGCAUUGUUUAGAUUUGAAUUUGUGUGUUGAGUUUAGGAAUCUGGUGCUAUUAAAUGCUGAAAAAAGCCCCUUCCAGAGAACAUUUGUUAACCAGUCUGGAUAUGAGGUAAAGCGAUGUGCAGAAAUGUCAAGAAAGCUACGAUUCUUCAAGGAUCAAAUCACUAAGGCUGGUCUUAUGUCUUCUCCUUCAGUCUUGCAAUCAGAUAUUCAUCUGGAGGACUUAGAGAUACAACUUGCUGAGCAUGAACAUGAGCUAAUUGAAAUGAACUCUAACAGUGAGAAACUUCGGCAAUCGUAUAAUGAACUCCUGGAGUUCAAAAUUGUAUUAGAAAAGGCAUGCGGUUUUCUUGUUUCAAACCGGGGCACUGCCAUUACAGAAGAGCGAGAACUGCAUGAGACUGUUUUCUCAAAAGGAGACUAUGUUGAGACACCAUUUUUGUUUGAACAGGAAAUGACGCCUGCAGCAUCAAAUCAAUCUGGUUUAAGAUUUAUCAGUGGGAUAAUUUGUAAAUCCAAGGUUCUUAGAUUUGAAAGGAUGCUGUUUCGAGCCACAAGAGGGAAUAUGCUUUUCAAUCAGGCACCAGCUGAUGAACAAAUCGUGGAUCCUAUUUCAAAUGAGAUGGUUGAGAAGACUGUCUUUGUUGUGUUUUUCUCUGGGGAGCAAGCAAGAACAAAGAUCCUGAAAAUUUGUGAUGCAUUUAGUGCAAAUUGUUACCCUGUUCCCGAAGAUAUAAGUAAGCAGAGGCAAAUAACAUCAGAGGUUUCAGCACGUCUUACUGACUUAGAGACAACUCUGGAUGCUGGAAUUAGGCAUCGGAAUAAGGCUCUUGCUUUUGUAGCAGGCCCUUUAACAAAAUGGAUGGACAUGGUAAGAAGAGAGAAGUCUGUGUAUGAUACACUGAACAUGUUAAAUUUUGAUGUCACCAAAAAAUGUCUCGUUGGGGAGGGCUGGUGCCCUGUAUUUGCAAAAACACAGAUUCAGGAGGCACUGCAACGUGCAACUUUUGACAGCAAUUCUCAAGUUGGUAUAAUCUUUCAUUCAAUGGAUACACAGGAAUCACCACCUACAUAUUUUAGGACUAACAAUUUCACAAGUCCAUAUCAGGAAAUUGUUGAUGCAUAUGGUGUUGCAAGAUAUCAAGAAGCAAAUCCUGCAGUUUAUACAACUAUUAUAUUCCCUUUUCUUUUUGCGGUGAUGUUUGGCGACUGGGGUCAUGGAAUUUGCCUUUUGCUGGGAGCAUUAGUUCUUAUAGCACGUGAAAACAAGCUUAGCACCCAGUAUCUUGAAAUGUAUUAUGGUAAUAAUUCUAUUGUACUGCACACAAGUGCGAAAGAGUUGCACAAUUUCCUUUCCUUUUGUUCUGCUCUUGGUAUUGGAAUUAAAUGCAUCACAGUUAUUCUAUUUGAUUUCUGCCAGCGACUUGGAAGCUUUAUGGAGAUGCUAUUUGGUGGACGCUAUGUGCUACUUCUGAUGGAUGCACAUACUACCGGCUUAGUAAAAUACAGAGAACCAUAUCCAUUUGGUGUGGAUCCCAGCUGGCGGGGAAGUCGUUCAGAAUUGCCUUUUCUAAACUCUCUCAAGAUGAAGAUGUCCAUUCUAUUUGGCGUGGUGCACAUGAACUUGGGAAUUAUAUUAAGUUAUUUCAAUGCUCGUUUCUUUGGCAGCUUACUGGAUAUAAGGUACCAGUUUGUGCCACAGAUGAUUUUCCUCAACUGUCUAUUUGGGUAUCUCUCCCUUCUCAUCAUUAUUAAGUGGUGCACUGGCUCUCAGGCAGAUCUUUAUCAUGUAAUGAUUUACAUGUUUUUAAGUCCUUUUGACAAUCUUGGUGAGAAUCAGUUGUUCUGGGGCCAAAGGCCACUUCAAGUUCUGUUAUUGCUUUUGUCUUUAAUUGCAGUUCCGUGGAUGCUCUUUCCAAAACCUUUUAUGCUAAAGAAGCUUCAUAAUGAGAGAUUUCAAGGACGCACUUAUGGUAUACUUAAUACCUCUGAGGUUGAUCAUGAGGAGGAACCAGGUUCUGCCAGACAACAUCAUGAGGAAUUCAAUUUCACUGAGGUCUUCGUUCAUCAAAUGAUUCACUCUAUUGAAUUUGUUCUAGGUUCAGUUUCAAAUACGGCCUCAUAUCUACGACUUUGGGCAUUAAGCUUGGCUCACUCAGAACUUUCUACCGUAUUUUAUGAGAAAGUCCUGCUACUUGCUUGGGGGUAUGACAAUCUUGUCGUUCGGUUACUGGGGCUUGCUGUCUUUUCCUUUGCAACUGCCUUUAUACUAUUAAUGAUGGAGAGUCUCAGUGCUUUUCUUCACGCCUUGCGUCUUCACUGGGUGGAAUUUCAGAAUAAAUUUUACCAUGGUGAUGGAUAUAAGUUCAGGCCUUUUUCCUUUGCCUCCUUAACUGAUGAUGAAAAUUGA